CUGUUGUUAAGCCGUGAUUUUUCUGUGCCUCUGUAACUCCUACUCCCCCUUCUCCUCACUAUCCGCUCCUCCUCCUCAGCUUCCUACAACCAGCGCCGCCAUGGUGCCCCACCCGAAAGACGACGUGUAUCUCGAGGCCGUAAUCCCGAAGCGCAUCAAGCUCUUCGAGGCCAUCCAGGCGCAGCAGCUCGCCCAUCGCCAGUCCCUCCCCUCCGAUCCCAUCAAGAUUACAUUGCCGGGCGGACAGGAGAAGGAAGGGAAGAGGUGGGUGACUUCGCCAUUUGACAUUGCCAAGGAUAUUUCCAAGAGCUUGGCUUCCAGCGCUGUGAUUGCGAAGGUCAAUGGGGACCUUUGGGACAUGGCCAGGCCGCUGGAGUUUGACUGUGAGCUCAAGCUCUUCAAAUUUGAAGACGAUGAAGGACGUGAUACUUUCUGGCAUUCCAGCGCUCACAUUCUUGGACAGGCACUUGAGGUUGAGUAUGGAUGCAAGCUCUGCAUUGGUCCGUGCACUACAAGAGGAGAGGGUUUCUAUUACGAUGCUUUCUACAGCGAUUUGGGAUUGAAUGAUGAACACUUCAAGGACAUUGCAUCAGCGGCAGACAAGGCUGUUAAGGCUAAACAGCCUUUUGAGCGUAUCGAAGUAACACGUGAACAGGCACUUGAGAUAUUUUCUGAUAAUCAAUUCAAGGUUGAAAUCAUAAAUGAUCUUCCGGCAGACAAAACUAUCACAGUAUAUAGAUGUGGCCCCUUGGUUGACUUGUGCCGUGGACCCCAUAUACCAAAUACAUCCUUUGUCAAAGCAUUUGCAUGUUUAAAGGCUUCUUCAGCCUACUGGAGGGGAAAUAAAGAUCGUGAAAGUUUACAGAGAGUUUAUGGAAUAUCAUAUCCUGAUAAGAAAAGUUUGCAGAUAUACAUCCAGAAGCUGGAAGAAGCAAAAAAGUAUGACCACAGACUGUUGGGCACAAAGCAGGAGCUCUUUUUUUGUCACCCACUUAGUCCAGGAAGUUGGUUCUUCCUCCCUAAUGGGACUCGGAUUUAUAACAAACUAAUGGAGUUCAUAAAGAAUCAAUACAGAGAACGAGGCUAUAAAGAGGUUAUAUCACCAAACAUGUACAAUAUGCAACUUUGGGAAACAUCUGGUCAUGCUGCAAAUUACAAAGAGAAUAUGUUUGUAUUUGAGAUUGAGAAACAAGAAUUUGGAUUGAAGCCAAUGAAUUGCCCAGGGCAUUGUUUGAUGUUUCAGCACAGGGUUCGUUCUUAUAGAGAACUUCCACUUAGACUCGCUGAUUUUGGUGUUUUGCAUCGCAAUGAGGCCAGUGGUGCACUGACUGGAUUAACACGUGUAAGGAGAUUCCAGCAGGAUGAUGCCCAUAUCUUUUGCAGGGAGUCCCAAGUAAAAGAUGAAGUGAAGGGUGUCUUGGAUUUUAUCCAGUAUGCCUAUAAUAUUUUUGGCUUUUCUUUUGAACUGAAGCUAUCAACAAUGCCAGAAAAACACAUGGGAGAUUUGGCAACAUGGGAGAAAGCUGAGGCUGCCCUUGCAGACGCAUUAAAUGAGUUUGGCAAGCCCUGGCAGAUAAAUGAAGGGGAUGGUGCUUUUUAUGGACCAAAGAUAGAUAUCAGUGUCUCUGAUGCAUUGAACAGAAAAUAUCAGUGUGCAACACUACAGCUUGAUUUUCAGCUUCCACAGAAGUUCGAGCUGUAUUACUCGGCAGAGGGGGAAGAAGGCAAGUUGGAGAGACCCGUUAUGAUACACAGAGCUGUUUUAGGUUCUGUUGAGCGUAUGUUUGCUAUAUUGUUGGAGAACUACAAGGAAUGGCCCUUCUGGCUUAGUCCACGUCAAGCAAUUGUUUGCCCCGUCUCAGACAAAUCCCAACCUUACGCUCAGGAGGUUCGGGACCGUAUCCAUGAAGCUGGUUAUUAUGUGGAUGUUGACACAAGUGAUAGAACCAUCCAAAAGAAGGUGCGAGAAGCCCAGAUAGCGCAGUACAACUACAUUUUAGUUGUUGGCGAGGAGGAAGUCAAGACUGGGCAGGUGAGCUUACGAGUUAGAGACCACGGAGACGUCACGGUAAUGACAAUGGAAAAUCUACUCCAGCACUUCAAGGCUGAAGUUGAAGCUUUCCAUUAGAGAUGGAAUGGCAAGGGUGGAGCUGUCUCUACUGAUGAAUACAUUCUUACGUGUUUAUGAAUUCGAUAAAAAUAAUAUCUUGCACACGUUUGAUGUCAAAGAUUGAAAUUUAAUUAAAUUUUGGUGUUAGACUGUCCUUUGAUGUGUACUUUAAUGUGUACAAUUUUCAUUGAAUGUCUCAUUAAAUAUUUGAACUUAUUAAUACACAUUUUAAGUGAUUAAAUCAUUAGUUACAUUUGGAUUUGGUGAA